AUGAACGCGGAAUCAGAACAUGGGCCCAGCACUCAUCAAGGAGAGUAUAGAACCCCGGAAGACAUACCCAAAGAAUCGUUGUCAGAAGAAUUGAUUAGACAUUGGAUUAACGAACGAUUUGCGCCGGAAGUCUUGGCCCCUCAGGAGGAUCUGUUGGAAAAGGCGUUAUCAUUGAUUCAACAGCAGUCUCUUGCUUUAGAUGUCCUCUCAAAUAAUCCCGAAGACUUGACCAGUGACGACCACUUCAGAUUGAUGCUGAUCGAGACGGAGAUAGAGCAUAUGAGAUACAUUUGUAGAGCUUACGCAAGAUGUAGAAUGCAUAAACUGGAUAAGUUCUUCGAUCAUUGCUUGAUGGAUCCCGAAACAAGGUCAAGAUUGAGUAAGGUUGAUUUAGAAUACUGCUCAAGGGAACAGACACUAGUACACAAUCUGCUGUACGACUCAGUCCUUGAUCAACUUCCCAUCAAAUAUCGAAAACUGGAUGAAGAUCAUAUGAUCAUAAGACCCGACUUGGAUCAAGGCGUAUUUAUUAUUGUUCGCUCAUCUUGUGGUCCAGUCUACCUACCACACGCAGAACCACUCAUGUUGGAAAAAGGAUCUGUGCAUUUCAUCAAAUAUCGAUCCAUCAAACCCUUUCUCGAAUCUGGACAUAUCAAAUUAGGUUAA